CAGACUACUAAAUCGAACAACGAGCAGUCGCUCAUCUGCUAUUCCCCGGCCCAGCUGAGAGAAGCAAAGUCCGACAUAUUUACAAUUUUAUUUCACUAGAACCAGCGACUGUUGUAGUUUUUUCGCACAGGUGUGAGCGGGAUGAAAAACUCACAUCUUUUGCUUUUUUUAUAGCAGUAGUUCAGAAUGUAAUGAGCUGUCAGCUUGCUAGCUAGAUGCAGCUAACGUGUGCUAACGGCUAACCAUUUGAGCUUACACAGUGUUAUCAAUGGGUAAUCACAGUUCGUAAAUAUACCCUUAGCGUAUUCAUUAAAGAAAAACGAUGUUGUGACUAAUAUGCCAGUUUUCUUAGUCCAGGGAUAAAUGACGCUGAUGAGUACGUUUAUGUGUAGUUAUGAGUGUUGUCACUCUACAGUGUAGGUUGCCACCUGAUACUGUUUGGUACCUGUACAUUACGCUGCUAGCCACGUAAACUCUUCCAGUUUGGCGUUGACGUAGCAGGAGCAGCUAGCUUCCCUGUCCUAUUUGGCAGCAUUUUAAGUUAUUGCCAUUCUGCCCGUUGAACAAGAUAACCCAAACAGCCUAAAUCAUCAACGGAGAUGAAUUGCUACUCAAAAUACUGUAGUUGGACUUCAACGAGUGGUUUCCUGGAUGUGUUGAACUGAGCGGAUGAUGAAGCGGGUCAUCUGGAUGAUUUCAGGCUUAAACAGAAGAAUAAUGAAGCUACUUUUUGCCCUCGCCCUGAUCGCCUACAUUGCCUCUGUUUGGGGAACAUACACCAACAUGAGAUCAAUGCAAGAACCUGGAGAAAUAAAAAUGGAGCAGAAAAUUGAUGAAGCUGUAGCUCCACUGAGAGAGAAGAUUCGCGACCUGGAACAGAGUUUUUCUCAGAAAUACCCGCCAGUGAAGUUCCUCUCUGAGAAGGAUCGAAAGAGAAUUUUGAUUACUGGUGGGGCUGGUUUUGUGGGUUCCCAUCUGACUGACAAACUGAUGAUGGAUGGCCAUGAGGUGACUGUAGUUGACAACUUCUUCACAGGAAGAAAAAGGAAUGUCGAACACUGGAUUGGUCAUGAAAACUUUGAACUCAUCAAUCAUGACGUUGUGGAGCCUCUUUAUAUUGAAGUGGACCAGAUUUAUCACCUUGCCUCUCCAGCCUCCCCUCCGAACUACAUGUACAAUCCCAUCAAAACACUCAAGACCAACACAAUCGGCACACUUAACAUGCUCGGUCUGGCCAAGCGUGUGGGUGCAAGACUUCUCCUUGCUUCUACUUCUGAGGUUUACGGAGAUCCAGAAGUUCACCCUCAAAAUGAAGAGUACUGGGGGCACGUGAACCCAAUUGGUCCGCGUGCGUGCUAUGAUGAAGGGAAACGGGUGGCAGAGACGAUGUGCUACGCUUACAUGAAGCAGGAAGGUGUAGAAGUGCGAGUGGCAAGAAUCUUCAACACAUUUGGCUCCAGAAUGCACAUGAACGAUGGACGUGUUGUCAGUAAUUUCAUCCUUCAGGCUCUACAAGGAGAACCUCUCACGGUUUAUGGUACUGGUUCCCAAACAAGAGCCUUCCAGUAUGUCAGCGAUCUGGUGAACGGCCUUGUGUUGCUGAUGAACAGUAACAUCAGCAGUCCAGUGAAUCUGGGGAACCCAGAAGAACACACCAUACUGGAGUUUGCCCGUCUCAUCAAAAGUCUUGUUGUGAGCCAAAGCCAGAUCCAGUUCCUGUCAGAGGCCCAAGAUGACCCUCAGAGAAGAAGACCUGACAUCCGAAAGGCUAAGAUGAUGCUUGGCUGGGAGCCAGUGGUGCCCUUGGAGGAAGGCUUGAAUAAAACUAUUCAGUACUUCAGUCGAGAACUGGAGCACCAGGCCAACAACCAGUACAUCCCCAAACCUAAAGCUGCUCGCAUGAAGAAAGGAAGACCCAGACACAACUGAUACCAGGUUUUCCUCCAUGCGCUCCUCUGCAAAACCAAGAGAGAAGACUCCUCAAAGAGCCAAAUGACUUUUUGACUUUCCCUGCUGAGGUGUGCACUUUUGAAGAAGAGAGUCCUUAUUUUUUAUUAUUUUUUUCUUUUUUAAGAAGCAGAAACGACUUUCUCCUUAAACCCUCCCUUAAAAGCUGGUGUUGCCUUGUGCCGGUGCUGCAGCUACAUUGGUAGUGAGGCCUUCCUUACCAGAACUUUCUAUGUCUGAUGGACAAUGAAUCAAAGAGGCAAGAACAAGAAUCUCUUUUGUGAAUUUUGUGCUUUUGCUAUUUAAUGCUCUGCCAAUGAGAAUCCUGCAGACAGCUCAGACUGUGCAGCCCUACUUUUAUCUUUUCAUGGUGUUUUGUGUCCAGAGAUGAGCUUCCUGUUCCUGUUUUUCUCAUCAAUGGCAUACCAACUUACACUGCAGGACUCUAAAAAUCUUCUAGAAAGACUGUUACACCAUCGUCAUCGUCGUGUUUGUGAAAUCUCAUGUCAGGAUGUGAGUUAUUAUUUUGAUGUGAAAAUGAUAUUUUAAUAAAAUAUUUCUGAUAGUU